CUUAAACUCUGGUCUCUCUCUAUCUCUCUUGUCCGUGCGCAUCGGAUUUUGGAAACCAUUGAUGCAGACCUCAAUCCAUCUCUAACACCACUGAUCUAUCUACUUAGGUCUUCUCUAACAAUACUUGUAAUUUUCUUUCUUUUUGCUUCUUCCGUCACUACAUCUAUGGCCGCUGAGUCUUCUAACCCUCGCACCGUCGAAGAGAUCUUCAAGGAUUUUAGCGGUCGUCGCUCCGGUUUUCUUCGAGCUCUCUCCGUAGAUGUUGACAAGUUCUACUCUUUAUGCGAUCCGGAAAUGGAGAAUCUGUGUUUGUACGGACACCCGAAUGGGACAUGGGAAGUGAAUCUUCCAGCUGAGGAAGUGCCUCCGGAGCUACCUGAGCCAGCUCUUGGAAUCAAUUUCGCUAGAGAUGGUAUGCAGCGUAAAGAUUGGCUCUCUUUAGUUGCUGUCCACAGUGAUUGUUGGUUACUCUCUGUUUCUUCUUACUUCGGCGCUCGUCUUAAUCGCAAUGAGAGGAAACGUCUAUUUAGUCUGAUCAACGAUCUCCCAACUCUCUUUGAAGUAGUGACGGGUAGGAAACCCAUCAAAGACGGUAAACCAAGCAUGGAUCUCGGAAGCAAAUCCAGAAACGGCGUAAAGAGAUCAAUUGAAGGGCAGACAAAGAGCACGCCGAAACUAAUGGAAGAGAGCUAUGAAGAUGAAGACGAUGAGCAUGGAGACACACUCUGUGGAAGUUGUGGAGGAAACUACACAAACGACGAGUUCUGGAUAUGUUGUGAUGUGUGUGAACGUUGGUACCAUGGGAAGUGUGUGAAGAUAACACCAGCCAAAGCAGAGAGCAUCAAGCAAUACAAAUGCCCUUCUUGCUGCACUAAGAAAGGAAGACAGUGAGUGAAUGAAUGAGUGAGUCAUCUUUCUCAUUUUUCCUUAUUUCUUUUUAAGUUAUUGCAAAACAUCCUUUUGUUAAUGUAUGAAUACAAAACAAUUAUUGGUGUUAGAUUCUCAAAAAGGGCGUUUUAAAAUAGUAAUGAGGGUAUGAGACAUGGAGAGAGUCAUAGAGACACCAGCUGCUUAGAGAGCUUCGUCAACUUUUGAUCAAAUAUGCCAUGUGUUUGUAUAUGUAGCGACUCUACUACUUUCAUCGUUUAUGUGUGUAAUCUCUCUUUAGGCUAAUAUAAAAAAAAAUAUUCUUAUGUAAGGUUGAUCUUCAUAAUCUCUCAUAUGGUAUUUUAACUAAGAGUUUGUACUGACAAAAUUUAAGUGGUUAUAGUGGUGUUUUGUUAUGUACACAAAACCAAAAUAGUGGGGAAAAAACCUCAUCUCCUGCAGUCUC